AUGGCGCGAAAUUCGGAAAAGGCGCAGAGCAUGCUCUUUCGCUUCCGCGAGGCACAAGCCGCGGAUUUGGGCAUUAUCGACAUCGGCCGAACAAGGCGACCAAGAGUGAUCACCGAAGUCGAUUCGAUACCUUCUUGCGAGAAAUGGCGCGGCCAGGUGCUCAAGGAGAUCUCUCGCAAGGUCUCCAAGAUCCAAGACACGGCGCUCAGCGACUACCAGAUCCGCGACCUUAACGACGAGAUCAACAAGCUCAUGCGGGAGAAAUACAUGUGGGAGGUGCAAAUACGGAACCUGGGUGGGCCGAAUUACAUGCGCGGAGGCGGCAAGAUCUACGACGAGCAAGGGCGAGAGAUACCGGGCGGCGGCAAGGGCUACCGCUACUUCGGACGCGCAAGAGACCUGCCGGGUGUCAAGGAGCUGUUCGAUGCCGCGAGGGCGAAGGCGACGAACGAGAAGCCUCUGGAGACGAGAGAUGACUUGCGGAAACAGGUCGAUGCCGCCUAUUACGGCUACGCGCCAGACGAGGAGGACCCGGAGCUGCUCGCCUACGAACUCGCCAAGGAAGAGGAGGCGUUUGAGCAUAUGGCGAAGACGGGCAAGCAGCAACUACCCCCGAACUGGGAGCCAUUGCCGGGCGACACGGGCGAUGGGAAGAGCUGGGAGCUACCAACGCUAGAGGAGGUGCAGGAGGAGUUGAUCAACAGGCGGCGGCAGAAAUUACUCGACCAGUUAUAG